UCGGCACCGACAAUGAAACUAAGAAUUAUUUAUGUAAAUAUUAUUUCACUGGGUGGAGAACAUCGGAGCGAUUUGUUUGACUACUCCCACCCAACCCCUUUUCACAUCCACUUACCUACCCCUAAGUGGAAUCACAACCUAACUGGUCAUAGGAAUAUGUCGACAUUUAUUCACAUUCCGAUCAGGUAACAGUGUCAGAGAUUUACUCCUGGUAUAGUUAAAUCAUGGGACGCACUUUACCGAGCCCAGUGGCGUGCAAAGUUUGUGGUGAUCGUUCCUACGGAAAACAUUACGGUGUUUAUUGUUGUGAUGGUUGUUCAUGUUUUUUCAAAAGGUCUGUUCGACGCGGAGUCAUCUAUACUUGUAUAGCUGGCAAUGGAAAUUGUUCGAUAGACAAAGCUAGAAGAAAUUGGUGUCCGCAUUGCCGGCUAAAAAAAUGUUUCGCCGUAGAAAUGAAUAUAACAGCGGUUCAAGAAGAACGGGGACCUCGGAUAAAAGUCAGACAUAGAAUUCCAUCUGUUUGGACACAAAGAGAAUCAGUUAGUAACAUCAUUAGCUUAAACAGUAAUUUUUCCUUCGGAAUAAGUGACUAUAAGCACCAAGAACCUGCUCUUGCAUCGAAUUCUAUGAUAUUAAGUCCUGUGGCGACCAAAAUUGUAACAUCUGAGGAAACACUGCAGUACGAAAUAGUGGCAGAAAUAUUUCUGUCAUCAAUUCGUAACGCUCGAAAACACAAAUAUUUUUCAAAAAUAAAUCCGACGUCACAAAAUACAAUCCUCCGUAAUAAUUGGUCAGCGUUAUUCAUUCUUCACUUAUCAACAUGGCCGAUAGACUUUACGACGCUAGAAAUUACCAGUUCUACGGGCAAUAAAAGUAUAAUUAGAUACUUAUCGUCAGCGCGAUCGACUAUUACUAAGUUACAGCUCGAUCAAAUUGAAUUAUCGUGUCUGGAAACUUUUACUCUCUGUUCAGAAUUCACUGAAAAUCCUGAAGCGAUCGAAAUAAUUAAUAUUGCAAAAAAUUCAGCAUUGCAAUUGUUAAUCACUCAUUUGCAGAAUCGGCUAAAUUCCAACAAUAGGUUAGCGGAAAUUAUUUUUGUUCUACCGAUUUUAUUCACUUGCUGUUCAAAAGAAUUGUCUGCGGCAUUGUUCACACCUAUUAUUGGCGACGUUUCACUCGAGCAGGUUAUCGCUUCUAUCCAAUAAAAAAUUUUAAUUAUUAAUUAUUAACUAUAACUGUA